GUAACGUUCGAUAAACAGUCCGCAGUUUGGUGUUGUUGGUGCGUUUUCCGUUCGUUCGAAUUCGGUACUCAUUGUCAAAAACUGCGCCGAUUUCGGGCUUUUCAUUACGUGAACUACGGCAGAUUGGCCGAUCGAUAGGCCGGUGGUUCAUUUCCUGCCCCGCUAAUUGUUAAGUAGCUAAACAAACCUUAUCGGUCGGAACGCACGGCAGUAGGUAGGGAGUUUACCCGGUAGAUUGGUGAUUAGGGUGGUGGUGCAAUGAAGGAAAACGAAUCUCGCUAAAAAUUGCAAUCAGUAGCUGAAACAGAGGAAGAAAUAAGGGAAAUAAAGUGCCGUGAUGAGAGCAAAAAUUUCGCGAAUGAACAGUUUGUUGUGAACGAUCGAGAUAAUGAGAGAUUGCGACGACCUCAAAUAGAUAUUAGGCGGGUGAUGAGUAUGACGUCGGCAGAUACCGGCGCGUUUGAGGAAGAAGCAGUUGAUGGUAAAGUGUAGAUUGUGUUGCCUUAUCCAAGACGAAAGUAAUAUAGCAGAAAAACGAAAACAAAAAACCGCGCAUCGAAGCUCGGAGUUUGAGUAGGUGUCACAUCAAGAUAAGAAGUUUGGCCAAGCAAUUUAUAGCUACGGGGCCUACGCGGCGAAACUCGUUUGGCCUUUGCCGAUAAGUCGUCGCCUUAUGAUUGGAGAAGAAUGUGAGUGAAAUCCGCUACUUAGGAAUGAUAUUUCAGCGGGGAAAAAAGUGACGCGAAGAAUAAAUAAUCGUUUGUAUAAAUCAAAGUUGCUGAAUAUGGAAUGCGACCAGCAGCGCGACCAAAUGUCGACUGUGAAUACAAUGGAUAACGACAGCGUAGCUGAUAUGAUGGGCAUCGGGAGCAUGGCUCCGAUGCAAAACGAGGACGACGAAUACGAGCUGGAGCUAGAGCGGCGGCUGGAUAUGGGCCGGCAGCUCUCGCAGGACGACGAGGAAGCCGGCGGCGAGGACGUGGACUUCGAUGACGGUGAGUUCAAAGCGGAAUUUCAAUGUCGCUUCGACGGGAGUUGGUCAGAUAACAACUUGAACGAAAAGCAAAACUACGCCGACCAAGAGAAGGAGAACGAUCCGGAUUACAACGAGCGCCAGUACCAGAGCCCACUGCAGUCACCGGCACCGGUCAUCGACCCAUUUCUGGCAAUCCCCGAACCACCCGCGAAUCUCCAACUGCACCAAUGUCCAAUCUGUGCGCGCAACUUUGUGCCAACGUCGUUGGCCAAACACAUCGGCAUCUGUGAGAAGAUGCAGUCCAAAAAGCGCAAACCAUUCGAUUCGUCCCGCCAACGACGUGAGGGAACCGAACUGGCCUCGUACCUGCCAAAGAACUUCGGGCUGCCCCAGAACCACCCGCAGACCCGUGUUUCACCGCCAAAAACGACUAACCCCGUGCGGAAGCUGAGCACAAGCAAAACUCCCACUCCGCAGCGGAAAAACUACGAAGACAGCAGCGGAAUGAACAAUCUCAUGUCCACUUCCCUAACGCUAUCCAGCACGACGACCCCAACCGGGCCCAGUUCCGUUGCGGCCAUGACCGCCAGUUCGUCGUCCACAACUCCGCGACCCACCCUGAAACGAAGUUUAUCGCAGCAGAACGAACCCUGCCCGUACUGUGAGCGAUGCUUUGGCUUCAAGGCGUACGAUCGGCACGUCGAAUGGUGCCGCGAGAAGGCUUUACUCACCAAGAAUGCCAACAACAGUCAGUCGAUAUCCGCCGCCAAAGAGAGGUUGCAAGCUCGGAUCCAGUACAAAGCACCUCAAAUCAAGUCAAAACGUGCCUUAAAUCGGGAGAAGUACUCCGGCAGUCUCAGUUGUGGUGGCUCCACCAGCAGUCUGGCAGAUUUGGAUCUCCCGCUGCCGAGGCAUCGUAGCCAUUUGAACUCGAUGAGUUCCUCCAUCUCCAGUGAUAACAAAUCCGACCACUCGGGAUCGUUGAAGAAAGUAUCGCCGCAUCAGCAUCAGCAGCAGUUUGAGCUGAUAGCGACGUCCAAACAUCAAACCGGCGAGCGCAGAGGUCCCCCCAAAAAGCGCGAAAUCAGAGCCAAUCUCCUGGAGAAUGAAAACUUCAUGCGGGGCAACGAUAGCAAUAACAACCGCAGUGUGGGUAAUAAAAUUUUCAGCAACAACCUGCUCAUUAGGCCCACGCAGGACGUCCGACGGGAGAAGGAACAGGCGGUGACCGUCGAGCGGAUCGAUAAAAUGGAACUGAUCGGCCGAGGCGGGGCGAGAUUGGAUCAACAGCAACAACAGCGGGUUCCACUGAAGCGAGGCGCCACCAAGGUCGUAAAAAGCAACAAGAGCGGACUAUCUCCGGACAGGUAUGAUCCUUUUUUGUCUGCCAAGAGGCAGCUAGAGGAGUUGUUCUCUCCGUCUUCCAGUCACAAUACCUCGACUUCACGACAACAGCCGAACAGCAGCAGUCGAUCAACAACUCCACUGACUCCAACAGCCAGCAGCAUGAGCAAAUCCGUUGUGACUCCGACGAGCAAGACUUCCCCGGUAAACAACAGUAACUUUAGACGAGCGUCAUCCCUCCGCAUGCCCCGGAAAGUAUCACGACCGAUGUACAUAGAGAAAGCCAAGUCCAACAUUCAGAAAGGCAUCACAGACGAUGGUCCGGUUUCUCCGAACUUCCUGAAGUCCUCCGAGUACGACGAAAUUCCGAUUAAAUCCGCCUUCAAUGCAGUGCAAAUGGCCGAGAAGCCUAAAAUGCGCGACACCAACACUGUGAGAAAGAAUCUCAAACUAGACAUUAAAGAUCCGAACAUGCCCGCCCUGGAUGUUCCGCUGUCAAAAACAGAUUCGCUUGCCGUAUUCCUAAAAUACGAACACGAACUAAAUCUGGCAGCAAUGAGUGAGAAGGACAUGAAAGACAAAAGCAAUAGCUUGAGUAAACGAUCCUUGUCGCUUGGGGGUCACGAAAGGAAGGAAUCGAUUCUCUACGGAGGCGUCACCAACAAUGGUAUUAAAACCGAUCAAUCGCCUCAAGAUGAAAAAGACAAAGCGGAUAGAAUUCUUCAGGACAUUCAGCCAUUCAAAAAGCUUCCACAAAAGCUUAUUCCGAUUAAGUUAGAGCCUAUUAACAUAACCUACAGUAACAGUAGCAGCGAUCCGAAGACUAACAGUAGUACCAACAAUGGUAGUAAGAAUAACAUUAACAAUAAAGUCAGUAACAAUUUGAACAACACCAAUAUCAGUCCCAUCAGCAAGCCAACCGUAAUCUCAUUGGAUGCGAUUCUCGGCAAAAAGCCAAAACCACCUGCCCCGCCUCAAUCGGAGGAAAAAGAGAUCCGCAAAAAUUCAAACUAUAUCGAUCCGAAGCUGAUCAACAAAUGCGACAACCUUCCAGUGAUAUCUACCAAGUUAUCAUCCUGCCAGCCCGAAGGUGGUGUAAGCACAAUAGAAAGUUUGAAAAAAUCGACCGAUUCAAAUCGACUAGCCGAAUCUUCCAAUAAUUCACCCGAGAAAUCAGGCGGUGGUGACAGUGGUGGCCCGAAACUAGUGGCCAAUAAUCUCGCUAACGAAACAAGUAUAAAUGACGACCCUUACGAUAAAAGAUCCCCGUUGACUCGGCAGAACGGUACUGAAAGCAGUACUAGCAAUAGUAAUAGUAGCAGAGACAGUAGUCGCGAGGAAAGUCCCGAAGAGCGGCAAUUACGCAGCCCAUUGACACCUAACCAAAGUCAUCCGGAUGAUAUCAAACCCCAGACCCCAGACUCCGGACUGGAACGAACAACUCCAAAGCCAUCUACGCCGAUUAUGGUUCAGAAGAAACCAGAAAGGCCUCCACUACCUUCGUUCGAUGACUUUGACUUUGACGAAUUCAUUUCCUCCUUCGAAGACGAAAGACGAACCUUCAAAAACGCCCUCUACUCUCGUAACACCAACCCUACUUGCAACACCAGUAGUAGUAGUUUUGUUCUGCAUACCAACAACAGUAGUCUAUUGGAUAACAGUGUGAAUUGUGUGACUAGUUUGAACGGUAGCGUUAGUAGAACCAACAGUCCUAGCCAUUUGAAUCCUCACAAUAGCUCCUACUACAAUCCUCUCAAAACCAAUGGUAGAUCCGAAGAGAAACAGACACCGACGACUCAACCCUCGAAAGAACCACCGCAAGUACCGCGACGGCGCCACAUCGGAGAGCCUCUGCAUCCUCCGUUGCAAAGCACGAUUAGGAAUCUUCCCAGCAUCCAUGGCAACAGCGCCCCCAAAUCGGCGGAACCAACAACCCCAGAAAUUAAGUCACCAAGAACCAACAACGCUUACGGAACGCCUAACGAUUACAUGAAUAACAAUAGCAAACCCGCUCCCACGUUAACUCGGGAAACCUCAUCGGCGUUGCGGCUAGGCAGUGGUAAAACUUUUAACCUUCACCAUCAGCCAUUCCAUCAAUCAUCAACAACACCGAACUACAACAGCCACAACAACAACAACAACACGAUUUCAGCACACCUCGUCCCACAGCCAUACACAGCUACAGGUUCGCCACUGCUGGAAUACCGCGGCAGCAUCAGCAACAGCCGGCACCAGUCUCCACAGUUGCCGUCGCCGGUGGCAGCAAACGGCAACAGUGGAACCGGUGGACCUGUCGCCGCUAGCGGCAACGGCAGUGGCGGUGGAAUCAGCUUCGACGAUCUCUCUCCGACAGAGCGGGACCUGAUGAAGAGCGUCCAGGAGCUGGACCGGAUGUGCGAAUCGUCCUCGUCAAUGUACCCAGCCGACUCGGACGAGAUGUCCAGCGUUGAGGGCUACCCGGUGGAUAAUUCGUCGCGGGGUCAUGGCGGAAGCGGGCGCAACUACCGGGAAGCGUCGGCCGAGGGAUCCAAGUUCAGUGCCGAUUCGGCGUACGGCAGCAGCUUGUCCCGUCAGUCGCCACCGGAGCAGCAACAUCACACGAUCCGGCGUGCAUACGGCCAUCACCGAGGGGGCAGCAAGUCCACCAGCUCCACUAGUCAGCAGGAUGGGUUCGACAACUCGAGCGGAUCCGAAUCCUCCCUGCCACCGAUCACGGCCACCCUCAAGGCCCAGAAGGCGGAACUACACGCCCAUGGUGGCACAACCGGCAGGGUGGACCACAGUAAGGUGGCAGCUUCUCUGGGCGGCACCCAGCAACAAAUAAUGUCCAAAUUUUGCCACGAAUGUGGCUCACGCUUUAUGAUCGAUACGGCCAAAUUCUGCAUGGAGUGUGGCAUACGGAGGAUAAUGGUAGACUAGAAUUUUUCCCUUUUAUCGAGUUUUUAUAAGACAAGUUUAUAUGAAAGCGCACGUCUUCUUUAUUUGUUCGUGGAUCUGAGCAGAAGGCAUUGUUAGGAUUGUGCAACAAAGAUAAUAAAUUCUAGUGGCAUAACAUUUUCCAAUUAACAUUCGUAAUCCUGUUUUGUAUAAUACGUAUUUGUUAAAAACCAUUUUUUACGUUUGUUUCUCUUAAGUUACCAUUUGAUAAUUAAAUUUAACACAAGAACAAAAAAUGAAAGUCAAACACUUUUAGAAGAAGAAACCCCACAUAUUAACAAAGACUGAAUCUGCAAACAUACAAAUGAAAGAUUUGGGCCAACCGCAUAAGUUGGCUUCAAUUAUUAUCCGCUAUUCCCAAUAAACUAACUUUCCAUAAAUACUAUCUACAAACACAUUAGCACCGUAAUUUGAAUUAGUCGUUUAAACAUAAAACCACUUGAAUAAGAAAACAGGCAGCAUAUGUUUUAAAUUACUUUCUGGAAAACUUUGAUUUGAAAAUGCAUAGAUUGUCCCCCUUUGCUAACAUAGGGGAAAACAGCAUAAACAGUAAAGCUCGGAUAUAAACCAGCACAGAAAAGUAGGUAUUUCUUCUCUUUGAAAACUAUUUAUAUUAUUUAUGCACGAAACGCAAAGUUGACCAGCGAAAAACGAAGGAGAGAACAGUUUUACUGUGACGAAGAAAAAAAAGGAAGUUUACGCUUGUUUUUGAAUCAUAAAUUUUGAUACAAAAGUAAAAUUGGGGCACAGACGCCAAAUAGAAAGAUACACUUGUGAAAUAACGAUAGUUGUGAAAGUACCGUGUUUAAAAGUGCAUUUUAACAACUUAACAUCAGUCAAAUACAUAAACGGAGAAUAUUAUGGA